AUGGAGAGACUCGAGCCUCUGGAAGAACAGUCCGAGACAAGUGCGCCUGUGAGCCCAUCGCAGUCGUAUGGCACUCAUGAAGCCAAAUUCGCCGGUGCCAUGGAUCCGCGGGAUCCACAGAAUUGGAGCCCUGGUCGAAAGACAUUACUAUUCCUCGCGUUGAUGUCGAGUUCGCUGUUGGCGGAUGGAGCGAUGGUCUGGGGCUCAACGCUUGUUACCCAACAGGCGAUGGACUGGAAUAUUACAGUAAAUCACUCCGCAACAAGUAUGAACUAUGGAAUUCUCCUUCAAGGGUUUGGAGGAAUACUGGCUGUUCCUCUAAUCGAGGCCUAUGGAAGAUACCCCGUCUGGCUUUGGCCGCAAGUCAUUUCCAUGCUAAUGGUGCUGGGGGCCACGCUUUCAAAUGACUACAGCACUUUCACCACUUUUCGCUCCCUCCAAGGGCUCUUUGGGACUGUCCCCCAGGUGAUCGGGCUGCCCAUCAUCCAUGAUAUGUACAGACCAGAAGAAUGGCCACGUAUGAUCAAUAUUUGGGGCACCGCGUUUCUUGUUGGUCCGUUCCUUGGCCCUGCCGUUGCGGGCUAUAUCGGCGCUGCGACCAACUGGCGCAUUUCAUUCGGUGUCUUGACUGCCUUAUAUGGACUCUCCACCUGCGCCGUGCUCGCUUUUGGGCGGGAGACCUACUACGUGGGGCAUCCUGGGUCGCGGAUCGGGUCUUACUUUGGGAUUGGGAAUACGAAGCUCCCCAAAUGGGCGACGCUGAGCUACUGGAGCCAGAACCUCGCCGUCUAUGUCUUCAAGUUCCCUCUUCUAAUGACGGGGUUUGCCAUUCUAGUCACGUUCACCUGGCCUAUCGGGAUUACUACCACCGUGGACACUUUCCUCCACAGUCCACCGUACCUUUUCAACACCGUCGAAGCCUCGUCGAUGCGGUUUGCCGGGGUGAUCGGUGCACUAUGUGGAUGGACCGUUGGCCAUUUCUUCAACGAAUGGGUGUACCGGCGUCACAGCACGCACUGGUACCCCGAGUACCGUCUCCAUGGAGUCUGGCUGCCAAUCAGCAGCAUGAUAGGCGGCCUGCUCACCUACGGCCUGACAAUGAAUUUCGGGAAGCACUGGAUCGGAAUUGCAGUCGGCUGGAUCAUGGUGAAUAUCGGCAUGGUAGGGACGAUAGUGGCAAUCACGGCAUACGCACUGGAGAAGUAUCCGAAUGAGUCCACAUGCGUGUCUGCAAUCUUGAAUAUGUGGCGCACUUGUGGAGGGUUUGCGGUAGGGUAUUUCCAGCCCGCGUGGAUCGCAAGAGAUGGGCUGGGCUUGGUUUUUGGGAUCCAAGCGAUUGUGCUGUGCGUUACGAUCGUCCUCACUAUUCCGCCGGUGCUCUUGCGGGGACGUCGUACGCAACGAGCAGACUUGGUCGGAGAGGCGUGA